CAGUCGCUCUCGUAGGAGACGUUACGCGCGCGCGGAUAUGCUAAUGCUCUAGUUCAUUGAUUGAUCACGUGAGUGUGGUGCUGUGUCCAUGCAGGGAUUACCAUGCUCUGCAGAAGGAAUCAUGCGGCCCUGCUACUCCUGCCGCUCCUGUAUUUCCUACAGAGCGUUCACGCGUCGGGAUUUUUCGAGCUUCAGAUUCUGGAGAUAGCCAACUACCGGGGCGAGUUGGCAUCGGGUUCGUGUUGUGGCGGGGUGCCGCGAGCCGACCCCUCGCUGCCUUGUACCCUUGUGCAGUGCAACACCUUCUUUCGCGUCUGUCUGAAGGAGUACCAGAGUAACGUCACUUCCACUGGAUCCUGUUCCUUCGGCAACACCUCCAGCCCCGUGCUGGGUGGCAACUCAUUCACCCUCACCGAUCCCGACCGCGCCAAUGGCAAGCUGGUCCUCCCCUUCACCUUCCGAUGGACGAGAUCCUUCACGCUCAUCCUCCAGGCCUUCGACCACAACAACUACAGUAUACCUGAACGAAAUGAACAAAUAGAGGAAGCCUCAUACUCCGGCAUCAUCCUACCGUCGGCUGAGUGGCACACCCUGAACCACCUGGGGUCCACGGCCAGGAUCACAUACAGGGUACGGGUCCAGUGUGACCUCAACUAUUACAACUCCACUUGCACCAAGUUCUGCCGCCCCAGGAACGACAAGUUCGGACAUUACAACUGUGACCGCAAUGGGGACAAGGAGUGCAUCACUGGCUGGAAGGGUGCCAACUGUGAGAUAGCCGUGUGCAAGACUGGUUGCCACCCCAACCACGGAAAAUGUGACAACCCCGGCGACUGCGAAUGCCGGCCUGGGUGGCAGGGAGAGUUCUGUGACCAGUGCACCCCCUACCCCGGCUGCAAGCACGGCUACUGCAAUGGAUCUUCCUGGCAGUGUAUCUGCGACACCAACUGGGGUGGUAUCCUCUGUGACCAAGACCUGAACUACUGCGGGACUCACGAGCCUUGUCAGAACGGCGGCACCUGCAAGAACACAGCGCCGGACCAGUACAAAUGCGGUUGUCCCGAGGGUUUCUCCGGCUUGAACUGCGAAGUAGUGGACAACCCUUGUGUGACGGGCCCCUGUGCCAACGGUGGUGUCUGUAAAGAGACCGGCAGCACCUUCUACUGCGCUUGCGCGUCCGGCUGGGCGGGUCCAACUUGUCAUGACAAUGUGGACGAGUGCGCCUCUGCUCCCUGCCAGAACGGAGGCACUUGUGUCGACCUGGUAGACGGGUACCGCUGUGUGUGCCCGCCCAAUUGGCACGGCACUGCUUGUCAAUAUGACGUGGACGAGUGUGUGACGGAACCUUGUAUCAACGCUUACUCCUGUCAGAACACGGUCGGGGAUUAUUUCUGUAAGUGCCAGAAGGGAUGGUCAGGGAAAGACUGUGACGUCAACAUCAAUGAUUGCGUAGGCCAGUGCCAACAUGGCGCCACUUGCAUAGAUCUGGUCAACGACUACCACUGCGCUUGUCAGCCUGGCUUCACAGGUCGAGAUUGCCACACAGACAUAGAUGACUGUGCAAGCAGCCCUUGUCUGAAUGGUGGAGAAUGUGUGGAUCAGGUCAAUGGAUUCCGUUGUAUCUGUCCUGUCGGGUUUGCUGGGGACUUGUGUGAGGUGGACCAUGACCACUGCAACCCUAACCCCUGUGAGAAUGGAGCCAACUGCUUCAACACUCAGCAGGACUACUACUGCCACUGCCCUGAGGACUGGCAGGGCAAGAACUGUAGCAGUCCUCGUAACCAGUGCGCUAAUCCGCCCUGUCAAGCUAUAGACAGCUGCAGUGUGACAACCCCAACAGAGAGUAACAGUUCUGUGGUGUUGGUACCAUCCGGUGUGUGUGGGGAGCAUGGACGCUGCUACAGUCUGGCCGGAGGUGGCUUCCGCUGUUCCUGUGAUCCAGGCUACACCGGCAAAUAUUGCCAUGAGAAUAUUAAUGACUGUAAGCUAAACCCUUGUCAAAAUGGAGGAACAUGUGUCGAUAAGAUAAACUCUUAUCAAUGCAUCUGUACAGAUGGCUGGGAAGGAGAAGACUGCACAAUCAACAAGAACGAGUGUGAACCGAACCCCUGUCGCAACAAUGGCACAUGUAUUGAUGGUGAUGCAGACUUCAGCUGCGAGUGUCAUGGAGGAUGGAAGGGCAAGACGUGUAGCCUGCGCCACAGCCAUUGUGAUCGUGCCACAUGUCGUAAUGGUGGCACCUGCCAGGAUCUCGGCCAUUCAUACUUGUGUCGCUGUCCACCUGACUGGGAGGGCACUACAUGUCAUAUCCCGGUGAUGCAAGCCUGCAAAUCCAGUCCUUGUCUGAACGGAGCUACCUGUAUCAACACGGGGGAGAUGUACUCUUGUGUCUGCAAGGAGGGAUUUGAGGGCCAGCGGUGUCAGCGAGAUGUCAACGAGUGCAACCCACCACCCUGCUACAACGGGGGCAAAUGUGUGGACGGAAUCAACUGGUUCCGAUGUGACUGUUCCCCCGGGUUUGCUGGUCCUGAUUGUCGCAUCAACGUCAACGAGUGUGCCACCAACCCGUGUGGAACUGGAGCCACUUGUAUCGAUGGCAUUGCGUCCUACACCUGUGUCUGUCCACCAGGAAGAAAAGGUCCACGUUGUCAAGAAGUAGACGAGGUAUCCUUGUUGCGUGGUGUCUGUCUGUGGAAGGGUCAGUACUUCGCCAACAAUACCAACUGGCCAGAUGACUGCAACACCUGCUCUUGUGUGGAGGGCACGGUACGCUGUACCAGGGUUUGGUGUGGCCUCAAGAACUGUCUGGGCUUUCCUGGAGUCAGUUGUGGAGACAACCAGGUUUGUGUACCGUCUCCAAAGGAGGCUUGUCUGACGGGUGGCUGUGGGCCAUGGGGGGACUGCCGAGAGUUGAUGAGUGGCAAGUUGGUAGGUCCCCCACUGGUACCUGCACCUCCCUCCUGCUGGCCAAACCAAGCAGUGCUGAGCAACACCUGCGUACGCCUCAGUCUGCUGCUGGAGCGUGGUCGACUGCUGGCAGGAGUCAGCACAGAGAGUCUCUGUAGUGAGCUGCGUAGCCUGCUUGCCGCCCACCAAGCCACUAGCGGUGCCCACCACAGUCUCGUGCUGCUUUGUGACCUCAAGACCCAAGCCAAUGACACACUGGAAGUCACCAUGUCUGAGACAGGAGGCGAUGGCCAAGCUGUGAAAGAAGGCAUCAGGGUUUUAGGAGAGUUGAUAAGUCGCAAGCAAACCAACAGCCUUUCUGCUUUGACAUCGGUUGUUGAGGUGAAAGUGGAGACUGCACUGGUCAGCGAUCGCAGAGAUGAGGGUGGCAGCUACUGGCUGGGCAUAUUGUGUGUGGUUCUACUGUUGGCAGCAUUGUCACUGCUAGUGGCAAUGUUGUAUUGUCAUCGCAACCGCAGCCAAGGCCUCAGUCCGACAGGAGCCGAGUCCUGUCGCAACCACGAUGACGAGAAAUCCAACAAUUUGCAGAAUGAGGAGAACCUUCGUAGGUACGCCAAUCCACUCAAGGAAGAGUCUGCAUCACAGGGCAGUGGAAGCCUAGGAGAUCUGCCACGAGUGAGCGUGGUGCGGCCACUGUCCACCGCCUCUAGUGCAGAGAUGCUCGAGAUGAUCUGUGAGGCAGAGGGUAAGGGAGGUCCCAGUUCCAGUCAGGUGUUGCUGCUCAAGACACAGAACACUGAUGCCAAGAAGAACACUGUCAGUGAGGCUGUGCCCCAGAACAAAGACUUUGCUUGUAAAAGAAUUAACCUAAAAGUGUUGCCACCAAUACAGAGGACGUUGUCCCCAAAUAGCGAACAAUCGGGGGAUGUUCUGACAGUCUUGGUUUAGUGCAAGUGAAUUUAGUGUCUGAUUACUUAAAAGCAAGUAUUUAUUUUAGUUUAAGUUCAAGAAAGUUUUAUGUAGACUAUUUAUAUUCUACAAAAUACUUCUAAUCUUCUCAAUAGUUCCAUCUAAAUUAUGAAAAGAUGGCCACUAAUUAUUUUUCAUAAUCAUAUAAACUAAUUAGGCUAAAAUAAUUAA